AUGGCCAACACUCGGAGUGAUGCGGUUACUCAAGACCUUUCUGUCCACACAGAACAGGAAGACGAGUGGGAAAAUGUCGAGUCUAUUGUUGUUCCACAACAUAUGCGUUGUACUGCUUCUACUACUACAUCCUCAACAGACAAUUGGGAUAGUAAUGCAGACAAAAGUGCAUCCUUCACUGGUGGGUUCCAAGUGGCUAUAGAUUCAGGCAGUUCAAGGACAGAGUAUGUCCCACAGAUUAAGCUGUUGAAACGGAAUCCCAAUCCUCCAGCACAGUCGCUGACUCCAUCAGUAGUCUCAUCUGCCACUGCACCUAAUUCAGCAAUGCAAAAACCGCUGUCUGAGCGUGAAGCAGAAUACAAUGCUGCCAAAAUUCGUAUAUCUGCUCAACUAGACAAAGAGUAUCACAAAUGA